UGUGCGUCCUACCAUUGAUCCAUCCACUAACCCCAUCGGAUCUCACGAGAGCGUGAAGCUCGCCUGUCGCCAUGUCCUCGCGCAUAGAGAAGGGGGGCCAUCGCUUCCAGCCCAAGCUGGCGGCGGGGGCCAGGCGUAGACCUGGUCAGUCAAACGCCCUCCCCGCCCCGGCCAGACCACCACCUUCGCCCAGCCCCGCUGGUCCCACUCAGGAUAGGCCGUCAGGUCGAUCCAUGGCUGCCGCUGGCAGCGGUGCGAUGUCUCCUCCUCCUCCUCCUCCUCCUCGGUCCAUACGUACGCCGUCUGCAAGCCCUCAUCCCUCGGGCUCUGCUACCGGGGCGAUCAGAAGUUAUGCCUCCGCUACACCUUCCUCUUCGCGCAUUCAGGCGGCCGGCCAGUCGCCCGUCAAUUUCAAACCUACCAUGCCGAAGGCGGCAAGCAUCGUACCCGGAUCCGGCCCAGGCCCCUCACGAGGGAAGCCUUCUGGUGGUGGAGUAGCACGUAUCACACCUUCCAUGCGGCCUUCUGCCACACCGGUCGCUGGCGAUGCCGUGGCGGUCGACUCUGGGAUCCAACAAGCAAGAACAGCGGCAAGCGACGAACAAAGCAAAGCAUUCUCACCUCCAAAGAGACCGGUCAGGGUCGGCGCUCCGUCAGUGCAGCCGGAGUCAUCGGCUUCUGGAAGCGGAGGUGCCAAAGAUCCAAGCAGCAGCAGUAGUGCAAGGCAGUCCAUUGGCGCAACCUCCCAGCCAAUGGAAGCAGGCCCCUCAAGCCAGGGCGCUAACGUUCCAGCGGAAGGAGCAGCACGGCAGACGAUUGGUCGCCCAAAGGCUUCAUCGUUCAUCCCCACAGGAAGCACUUAUCGUCCGAGCAACAUACAAUUCGCAGCGCCACCUGGGCAUCCAUCUACACGACAAAGCGUGGACCCACCCGCUGCUGGCAUUGGCAACCCAGAGUCACAUCUUCGAAGUGAGACGGAAAGCUCUGACCGCCCUUCGAAACGACGACCGGCCAGCGAGAAUGGGGAUGUGCCGUCGUCUGCCUUUGACCUCUUUUGCCAAGAUCGAGAAGCUCCGCUGCUUGAAGUGAAUCCAAAUAUAACUUGUGCUGCGCUCACCAAGCUACUGGAAGAGGCAUGGAUGGGAGCGAGCAAUCAAGAGAAGUCGUACUGGGAGGAAAAGCAUCAGGAAUUAGUGAUGUCCCACCGAACCGAGCAAGAUGGCAUGACGACACACGGGCCAGACUGGUCUGAUCAGGUGUCAACGGAUGCUGGUGCUCAGAGCGACGAGGACGUUGAUGCUUCGCCAUCUGCUUCCACUGCCGGCAAAAGGAAGCGUGUCAGUACGAAGAGACCCAAACGCAAAAAGCAGGCUGGGGAGCCGAAGAGGCCAGCCAGUGCUUACCUUCUCUACUCGCAAGAGAUUCGCAAAAAUCAGAGUUCCCAAGGCCAAUCUAGUGAGCGCUCGAAAGAAGGCUUUGGUGAAAUGAGCAAACGCAUUGGGGACCAGUGGAGAAACCUACCCCUGGAAGAAAAACAACCAUACCUUCGGCAGGCGGAGGAUCUCAAGAAGCAAUAUGACAGGGAGAUGGAAGCUUGGAAAGCUGAGCACCCCGAGCUGGCCGAAGAAGAGCCCGAAGACACUGACGCCGAUGAGUCUUUGCCUCGACCGCGUCGCAAAGCACGGGCGAAGGUCGUCAAACCGACUGUCAGCGACGACGAACGAGAGUAUCAGGCUCUCGUUGCCGAGCACGGAAGGGACCUGGAAGAUCUUCGCUUGGACCCCAAGGCCACCAGCAUGGCUGAUCUAGCCAUUGCCGAACUCAAAUCUGGACGUGCCUCGCAGAGACUCUUCGAUCUGAAUCGAGUCAGACUGAAACAACUCGAGGAAGCCGCUGCGCUACGCAAGGUCGAGAAGCAGAAGCUCAGGCAAAGGAUGCAGCAGACGGAAGAAAAUCUGAGGAAACAGAAAGCCGGUGAAAGGGUGGACUUGCCGAAGCAUGAUCCAAGAAGAGACGAUCCGAGACGACAUGGAGGCAGUCAGCUGAACGCAUCGCAGCAGCAUCAAUCUGAUUCGCAUGCUAAUACUAGCUCGUCAGAAACAGUGCCCGCCCCAAAUGCGCGCACGGCUGAGCAAGAAGACGAAGAGGAAGUCGAAGCAUUGUCCGGUAUGGACGUGCCCCAGGCCCGCUACAUUGUUCCAGGACUAGAUGACAGUGACGACGACGAAGACAACGAGGUCUCGAGUGGUCAUGCUCGAGGAGGGGCCGCUUCGAGGCACGGACGCUCCGCACACAGAGCUGGCUCUGACGAUGACGAUGCCGCUUCUGACAAUGGCUCAGUGCGGUCAGCCACCUCUGGCGGCACCUACGCUUCACUCCGCGAGACGGCUCACGUGCCUCAGAUGAGGGUUGUCGACGGUCAGAUUGUUCUCGACGAGACGUCCUUGACAGUCAAUCGCAACCAAGAGCAGGCAUUCGAGGAGUCUGAGAUGAUAGACGAAGAAAUCGGACACAAGUUCGUAAACUCGUCCACCGGCUCGAAGCGCGAGAAGAGUGUACGCUGGACUGCAGUUGAAACGGACAAGUUCUUCAAGGCUGUGAGCAUGUGGGGCUCAGACUUCGAGAUGAUUUCUCGUAUGUUCCCGAACCGCUCUCGCAAGCAGGUCAAGAACAAGUGGACACGCGAGGAGCGAGCGAAUCCUACACGUCUGGACGUGGCUUUUGCUAGAAGGCUCCCGGUCGAUCUGGAUCGCUACGCCAUCAUGGCCAAUGUGGAUCUCAGUGGUCCAGCACCUCGAGUAGACGACGGCGCUAUGGGCGUCGAGGAAAGCAAGCUCAUCAAGAAGGGGGAGGCAAGUGACGACGAAGGAAGGGAAGAGGGUGAUGAAACCGAUGGAGAGGUGCGCAAGAUCGACAAGGUCUCUGCUACACCUGAUCCAAGUCGUGCCCGCCGCGGCUCUUCAGCCGGAGAGGCGGGAGGUGCUCGCUCGCUCCGCGCGUCCUCUGUCGCUUCAGCCCGCUCGACUGCUGGAGCUGGUGGUGAUGCCUCUUCCUCUCGACAACAACAGCAAAAGACGCGCCAACAAAUCGAGCGAGAGAAGAGAGAGUCGCGUGAGAAGGCUCGUCGUGCGGAUAGUCUUCGUGAGGGACGCGAGAAGCGGAGUGUUUCCAGAGGCGUCUCCCGUGGUGCUCAGGACGAUGCAGAGGACUACGGCGCUCCGGAGGAGGAAGAAGUUGAGGAGCUGCCUGCGGAGGGGUUCUACUGAGUCUCAACGCCCCGUCCUGUUUAGAAUCGGGUUAGUGAUUCACACCCUGUCGCUUCUAGUCGGUCGUCGUCCCGUAUCGAGUGUUUGUAGCGAAAGGUAUUGAUGUUGUACAAGAUAGAUCCAAGCCGUCUCACAUUACCUAUGCACAUUCCGCUGUCUCCCAA